CAUUUGCACUGUUCACAAUCCGCGCGCGGCCUCGACUCUGCCGCCCUCGCCCCCAUCUCCACUCCAUCGAUGGCUCUCCGCCUGUCGGCCAGCCGGCCAUUGGCCGUGGCCGCCCGCUGCGCUGCGAGCUCCAGCGCCUUCGCCCCUCGAGCUUUCACCACCACGGUUCUACGAGCAAAAGAAGUGACGGGAGCCUCCGAGACUCCGAACAUGCGGUUCGCGCCGAGGGACGCACCCGGCAAGCUCAAGGCCCCGAUCGUCAACCCGGCCGACAAGUACGCAGAGAAGGGCGAAGCUCUACACAAAUACGGUCAAUAUGUCAUGUCGUGUCUGCCAAAAUAUGUCCAGCAAUUCUCUGUGUGGAAGGACGAAUUGACCAUCUACAUCCCUCCAUCCGGCGUCAUUCCCGUCUUCACCUUCUUGAAGUACCACACCGCUGCCGAAUACACCCAAGUCUCCGACAUCACAGCCGUUGACUAUCCAACGAAGGACCAGCGUUUUGAGGUCGUUUACAACAUGCUCAGCAUCCGGCACAACUCGCGCAUACGGGUCAAGACCUAUGCGGAUGAGGCAACCCCAGUUCCAAGUAUCUGCGAUCUGUAUGACGGAGCCAAUUGGUACGAGAGAGAGGUCUACGAUCUUUUCGGCGUUUUCUUCGUCGGACACCCGGAUCUGAGGCGAAUCAUGACGGACUACGGCUUCGACGGGCAUCCAUUACGGAAGGACUUCCCCAUGACUGGAUAUACUGAGAUCCGAUACGAUGAGGAGAAGAAGAGGAUUGUUGUGGAGCCUCUCGAAAUGACUCAGGCAUACCGGAACUUCCGCAGCGGUUCCACCGUGUGGGAACCAGUCGGUCCUGGAGACGACAGGAAGCCGGAUCAGUUCAAACUGCCCACACCAAAGCCAGAGCCACCAAAGGAGGAGCCAAAGAAAUAGACGAGCUUGCGUCGCAUGUACAGUGUAAAUAUAUAUCCAAUCGACCGUGCUG